AUGAGUUAUUGUAAUUUGUUGAUUCUUUUAUAUCUUUUUAUUCAAAUAUAUUCAACAGAAAAUGAUACUCAGAAGAAUAAUGAAAUUUACAACUUAGAUAUGAAUGAUUAUGAUAAAAUUAUAAAUGAUCAAGAAAAUUUCACAUUUUUGGUUGUAUAUACUCAUUGGUGCCAUUGGUCUAAUUUAUUAUUAGAAGAUUUAGAAAAAAUAUCUAAACUGUUAAAGUACAGUAAUAAUAUAAAAAUAGCUAAAAUUAAUGCUGCUGUAAACAGUUCAAUAAUAGAAAAAUUGAAUGUAUAUGGAUAUCCAUCUUUAUUUAUGAUAAAGGAAAAUAACAUAAAUAGAUAUAAUGGAAUAAGAAGUAUAAGAGGGAUAGUGCUAUGGGUAUAUGAGCAUUUAGAUGAAAGUGUAUUUGAAAUAGAUAAUAAAGAAAAAUUGAAUGCUUUCUUAGAACUUGAUGAAUAUAAUAAUUCUAUUUUGUUUUUUGUGAGCAGAAACAAAAAGGAAGACACAGUAAUGAUUGAAUUAGUUAAAUUAUGCGUACUAGCAGGUUAUACUUUUUGUUUUUAUAUGAAAGAUGAAAAUAUAAUUGAUUAUUUUGAAAAUACUAUAAUUUUGAAAAAAUAUAAUUUUGAUUAUAAACAACUACCAAAUAAAGAAAUUUAUACAGUUUUAUUUAAAAAUAAUGACUUUGAUGAAUAUUUUUAUUUUCUGGAUGAAGAAUUAAAUAUAAUAUACGAGACUGAUUAUUCAAAAGAAGAAAAAAUAGAAGCACUAAUAAAAUGCCUUUCAGAAAAAGUUGAACCUUUAGUUAUAAAAUUUUCUGAAUAUUAUUAUUCUUUAUUAUUUUCUGAAAAUAAAGUUACUUUAUUUAUAUUAUAUAAUGAUAUAAAUCAGUUAAAUAAAUCAGAUAUAAUUAAAAGCGCAAAAAAAUAUAAGAACAUUACGUUUUCAAUAUCAGGAAAUCAAGAAGUUUUCGAAAAAAGAUUAUUAGGUGAAUUACUAAUAGAUGAUUUAAAAAAAACAGUAAUGAGAAUUAUAGAAUUCAAGGGGCCCAUAUUAAUCCCAUAUAAAUAUAAACCAAUAAAUGAUGAUAUAGAAAUAAAUAAAAAGAGUAUAGAAGAGUUCAUUGAAGGGUUCAUGGAAGAUAAGAAAUAUUUUUACAGAAAAAGUGAACGACCAUUACCUGAUGAAUAUAAUAAUGGAUAUGUAAAAAUCAUUGUUGCUGAUACAUACGAUGAAUAUAUAUUUAAAAAAGAUAAAAAUGUUUUAGUAUUAUACUAUGCUCCAUGGUGUGGUCAUUGUCAUAAAUUAGAACCUAUAUAUAGAGAAAUUGGGAAAAGAUUAAAAUUAUAUAGUUCUAAAUAUAAAGAGUAUAAUGAUGAUAUAAUUAUAAGUAAAAUAGAUGCAGUAAACAAUGAAGUAUACAAUAUAUCUAUAGAAGCAUAUCCUACUAUUUAUUUAUAUACAAAAUCAAAUAAAAAAGAACCCAUUAAAUAUCUUGGAGUAAGGACUGUUCAAAGUAUUGUUACAUGGAUAUAUGAAAAUACAAAUACAAAUUUGGAUAUAUCAAAAUUACUUAGCCUAAAUUUGGAUGAAGAACAACUUUUUGAAAAUUAUGAAGAAUUAUGA